AUGGCCGAUAUCGACGUUACUGCGAGCACCUGGCGACAGGUCGAGGUCGGCCGUGUCGUCUUCUUCGGUGCUGGACCCUUCACCGGCCGAAUUGCUACCAUCGCCGAGAUCAUUGACCACAAGCGCGUCCUUGUUGAGGGUCCCUCUGCGAAACCAGAAUUGGUUGUGCCCCGUCACUCCGCUCCUCUUUCCAGCGUCAGCCUUACCAGCAUCGUCAUCGAUAAACUCCCCCGAGCCUCCGGCCCUGCAGCGCUGAAGAAGAAGUGGGAGGAGGCCGAGGUCGACAGCAAAUGGAUCAACGGCUCAUUCGCGAAGAAGUUGGAGAAGUCAGCACGGAGGAAGCAGCUUAGCGAUUUCGAGCGCUUCAAGGUCACACGGCUGAGGAAGCAGGCUCGUUUCGAGGUUCGCAAAGCGAUUGCACAAGCCAAAGCAUGAUUCACAAGUUUGCAAGGGUAUUGCGGGUUUCUAUUAAGUCUUUAAAUGACACGAAGCAUUCAACUCACUCCAUGAAACGAACACGGGAAACGUUCAGAGAGUGAGUCGGCGAAUCGGGGAUGGUCUGGGCAGUCUUUCAAAAUUUUGAUAGCGCUUCCGAAUGUAUGGCUCGAUUGAGCUUCUCAC